UAUCCCUUCUUCCCUGAUCUCUUGUGUCCAGACACUUCAACUGUAAUAUGCCACUCUGAAGACCGGAGGAGGGUUGUCAUGGCAUUCCUGCCAACAGUGCUACAUUCAGCAAAAGAGAUGAUGUCAGAGAUGAAAGUGGCUUGGUAGAAUGACGCUAGCUAUCUCACUUUUGGCCCCUGUGCUGUGCAAGCUCAGCUCCAAAGUCCCACAAGCUUGUCCAGCUGCUGUUAUCUCCUGCUGCUCCCCAGAAUGAGAAAAAGGAUGAGAGAGAGGGGAAGAGUCCCGAGAGCCAGUGUCCUGCUUUAGAACCAGCAAUGGUUGCAUUUUAAGUAACUGCAGCUGAGAGGCAUUAAUACCCUCAGAACCCUGGAGCAUGGCAGAGAAUGCAACUCGACUCAGAGAUGAGGUGGAGCUCUCUGUGAGAUAAUGUGAUUUGAGAAAAUCACAGCUGCUCUUGGCACUCUGAAUGACACACAGUCAGCCUGCGGGGAUGAGUUUCACAGAGGCAAGGAUGUGUUUUGUGCUGUGCUGAGUGGACUGUCACGGGUUUGUACCGACUCAUGUUGAGGAGACCAGAAGACACCAUGUAUAAAAGGUAAGUGUUCCUGAUCAGUUGGAAGCAUGAGCUGCAGUGAUAUGAGUCUGUUGCUCUGGUUCGGUGAAGGCAGAACGUUUCUGCUGCUGCUUUGCUGUGGGACACUGCUGACCUGUGCCAAGACCAGCAGACACCAAGGGUCCCGCACACCCGCACACAUCCACACUGAUGACAUCAUACUGGCUGUCAUACUCCCUCAACACAAUACAUCCUACCCCUGGGCAUGGCCCCGCGUGGGACCCGCUCUGGACCGCGCCAUUGCUCGCGUCAAUGCCGACCCCACUUUGCUGCCCCGGCACCACCUCCGCCACAUCUUUGCAAACAGCGAGGAUAGGGACGGUAUCUGCUCCGAGUCCAUUGCCCCCCUCAUGGCCGUGGACCUGAAAUUCGAGUACAACCCGUGGGCCUUCAUAGGGCCUGGCUGUGACUAUACCUCCUCCCCAGUUGGGCUGUUCACUGCUCAUUGGGGCCUCCCCAUGAUCACGGCAGGGGCCCCUGCUGUAGCUUUCCUCCUCAUGGAAAUGUACUCCUCCAUCACAAACACAGGCCCCACACACAAGAAACUGGGUGACUACGCCCUCCACCUCUACAGGCAUUUCGGUUGGCACCAACACGCCCUGCUGAUGUUCAGUGACACCAAAAUGGGCGAAAGGGCAUGCUACUUCGCCCUGGAGGGGCUUUACACGGAAAUGCAUGAAGAAAACAUCACAACCAUGGACCUGGUAUUCGAGGAGAACAAAGGGCCUGUUAACUAUUCCGAACUCCUACACAAGAUCAAGGAUGAUGGAAGAGUGGUGUUUGUAUGCUGUUCUCCGGAUAUUUUCCGGCAGUUGAUGGUGCACUUCCACAGGGCAGGUCUCCCUAAGGAGGAGUAUGUCUUCUUCUACAUUGACAUCUUUGGACGCAGUUUGGAGUCCAGGCCCUCGCAGCCAUGGGCCAGAGGAGACCCAGAUGAUGUCUUUGCGAAGGAGGCCUUCCAGAGUGUGAAGAUACUGACCUACCUAGAGCCACAAAAUCAGGAGUACAAAGAGUUUGUCACUCAUCUAAAAUCGGAUGCCAAACGGAUGUUCAACUUCACAGUGGAGGAUUCUUUGAUGAACAUCAUCUCAGGUGGUUUCUAUGACGGUCUGAUGUUGUACUGCAAUGCUCUAAAUGAGAGUCUUUCAGAGGGACAUGAUCGACCUUCAGGAGAGUCUGUCACAAAGAGAAUGUGGAACCGGACAUAUUAUGGUGUCACUGGUCUGGUGCAGAUUGAUGAGAAUGGAGACAGAGAGACUGAUUUCGCCCUGUGGGACAUGACUGACACGAACAGUGGCAACUUUCAGAUUGUGGCAGUGUAUAACGGCACUCAGAAGCAGAUGAAGAUUCUUCCUGAUAUGGCCAUCCAGUGGCCAGGUGGUGACAUUCCCUUGGACAUGCCCUACUGCGGCUUUAAGAACGACAACCCUGACUGUCAUGAACGAACAAUUGGAAUGCACCAGAUGAUUUCCAUCGUUCUUUUCCUCAUCCUUGUCAUCAUCUUCACUGUGACUGUGUUUAUAUACAGAAAGCUGAAGCUGGAGAAGGAGUUGGUUGCUCAGUUAUGGAGGAUCGCUUGGGAGGACAUUCAGAUGAGCAAUCUGGAAAAGGCCCUGAGAAGCACCGGAAGCAAACUCACACUCUCUCUAAGAGGUUCAAACUAUGGAUCACUGCUGACAGCUGACGGUAAUUUCCAGAUGUUUGCUAAGACUGGCUACUUUAAGGGAAACAUUGUAGCCAUUAAAUACAUCAACAGAAAGCGCAUCGAGUUAACAAGGAAAGUGUUGUUUGAACUGAAGCAUAUGAGAGAUGUGCAGAAUGAGCAUUUGACUCGUUUUAUCGGCGCCUGCAUCGACCCGCCCAAUAUCUGCAUCGUCACAGAAUACUGCCCUCGAGGCAGCCUGCAGGACAUUUUGGAGAACGAAAGCAUCACACUUGACUGGAUGUUCAAAUAUUCUCUAGUCAGUGACAUAGUAAAGGGCAUGACUUUCAUCCAUAACAGUGUGAUUGUAUCCCACGGCAACCUGAAGUCAUCCAACUGUGUGGUUGACAAUCGUUUUGUGCUAAAGAUCACUGACUAUGGGCUGUCCAGCAUCAGGACAGAGUCAGACACGGAGGACGCCUACUCUUAUUAUGCACGUAAGCUGUGGACGGCUCCAGAGCUGUUGAGAUUGGAGUGCUUUCCUCCAGGAGGCACGCAAAAGGCCGACAUCUACAGUUUUGGCAUCAUACUUCAGGAAGUGGCUCUGCGCAGAGGAGUCUUUUACCUGGAGGGAGACUCGCUAAGCCCCAAAGAGAUCGUGGACCGUCUAGCUCUGGGUGAAUGGCCGUAUCUACGGCCAUCAGUGAACCCUCAGUCCCAUAGUGAAGAGCUGGGUCAGCUGAUGCAGCGCUGUUGGGCUGAAGAACCAUCAGACAGACCAGAGUUCAACCAUAUUAGUGUGUUACUCCGCAAACAAAAUAGGGAGCACAGAAGUAAUAUCUUGGAUAAUCUUUUGUCUCGAAUGGAGCAGUAUGCUAAUAAUCUGGAGGAGCUGGUAGAGGAGAGGACUCAAGCCUACCUGGAGGAGAAACGCAAGGCAGAAGCUUUACUGUACCAGAUCCUCCCUCAUUCAGUGGCAGACCAGCUGAAGAAGGGUGAGACAGUGCAGGCUGAAGCUUUUGACUCUGUCACCAUUUACUUUAGUGAUAUUGUGGGCUUCACGGCCCUGUCAGCAGAUAGCACACCUUUGCAGGUCGUCACCCUCCUCAAUGACCUUUACACCUGCUUCGAUGCCAUUAUAGACAAUUUUGAUGUUUACAAGGUGGAGACAAUAGGAGAUGCCUACAUGGUGGUUUCAGGAUUGCCAGUACGUAACGGGAAACUACAUGGUCAUGAGAUCGCACGCAUGUCGCUUGCUCUGCUGGAGACUGUUAAAACAUUUAAGAUUCGCCACCGACCUGAUGAGCAGCUCAAAUUACGAAUCGGCCUUCACAGUGGCCCUGUCUGUGCAGGAGUAGUUGGGCUGAAGAUGCCUCGGUACUGUCUCUUUGGAGACACAGUAAACACAUCCUCUCGCAUGGAGUCAAAUGGAGAACCUCUGAAGAUUCAUGUGUCGUCAGCCACUCGAGAUGUGCUGCAGGAGUUCAACUGCUUCCAGCUGGAGCUGAGAGGAGAUGUGGAGAUGAAGGGAAAAGGGAAGAUGACGACCUACUGGCUUCUGGGGGAAAUGAAGGACAGUGAUUGAGAUGGUGGGGAGUGAGAGUCUAAAGCCCCAACGGGAUCAGCAGAGACACUCUGACUCUAGUCAAAUGCACCCAGGGGAACCAAGCCAAGACUGUUGGGCGCCGGUUCUGUUGGCCAAAUGCACUCGCAUGUAAUCCUGUACAGCACUAGAUGAUGUCUGACCUUGUAUAUAUGUACUUUAAGAUGUUUCUUUUGUAAGAGCACCAGCUGCAGCUGUAAAUGGAGUGAAGGUUGAGUGUGAUUGAAUAUCGCCCCCUGGUGGAUAAGUAGCAGCACUGCUGGCUUAAAAUACAGUAGGCUAAAUAAAUAUGAUUACUUCCACCCAGGGUGUGUGUGAGAAAAGACAUGUAAAUAUUAAAGAUGAUGAUGUUAUUACUCAUAAUUUAACUCGCCCCCCAAAA